AUGGCCGUCGAGUGCAUUGUAGCAGCAUGCCUCGUGGCUUGUCAGACUGGCACGCUUCGCCGCUUCAUCUCCAGAAAUCCGCUCACUCUACCAAUGCAUAUGGUGCCUGUUGUGAAUGCUGACCGCUACCGCAUGGAGCAGGUGAAGAGAAUGGCACAUUUCCUUUGCUUAAGUAAUUCAAAGAAGGUGAAGCUGCACCUCCACAAUGCCUACCGCGACACGCACUACUGGAAGCUGAGCGACGGCGGCGACUUCGAGAAGGAGGCCAGGGCUGCUGACAUGAGAUCCCGACCCCAUUUCGAGGUUGGCCGCCUGAAGAAAGUCGUCGAAGCCGAAGUUGCUGCUGCGAAGAAGUUUCUGGAGAAGUUCACUUGGACGAACCCGGACAAUCUCUGGGAAGAGUUUGAGGGGCCUUUCUUCGACUUCGGCACCAAUGUGCUGAACCAGAAGCCCAAGCGUUUCAAGAUGCAGAUCUUUAAUCGGGGCCUUGUGCUCGCGAAGCUGCGCCUCCAGCUGUCCAACACGGGGCCUUUGAGGCUGCCAUGGAAGGACUGCAUGGUGGGCCCUGGGCAGCAUGUCACGGUUGUGAUCGAUACAGCGCCUCUGGAGUGUGGCGAGUGGCAUGGAACCAUCCGAAUCCUGGGCAGUUGGGCAGGGUUCUUUGGCAACAUGGAGGGGGAGGAGCGCAUCCCCACCUACUUCCGGGUGGCGCAGACGCAGAAGGACAACCAGGAUCCUGGUGCCACUCUGCCACGGUACGCGCCCAGACCGUUCCGCCCGGGUAGCGCCAACCGGAUCUGGAUCGACCCAGCGACAAUUCACGCACGGCAGCUCCGCCCUCCCACGCCGCAUCGGCCGCGCCCAGCGAGCUCUUCGGCCAGCAGCGCCAAGCCAGAGUCGCAGGGCUACCGGCCGGGAUCCUCGAGGACCGGUGCUAGCACAGCUGUACCUUCUUCCCGACCUCUCAGUGGUCUGGGCCCCCCUUCUUCGCGAGGCUGCUGCUCGGCCAGUGCGGUUGCCUCCUCACGGAGCCAGGGUGGGCGAAUGGUACAAGCGCCCACCCCGCCGGCGGCGCCCCAGGAGGCGCCCCGUUCCACCAGCCGCGCCCGUCCCCACUCGGCGCCACUGGCGCCAAUCCUCCCAAAGGCCGAGGCAAAGCCGAGGCCAUCCUCGGCCACGGAGGUUCGCUAA